AUGACCAUUGGUAUCGCAAGCCUCGUCUAUCAUACUUCCUUGAAAUACUGGAUGCAGCUGUUCGAUGAGCUGUCAAUGAUAUACACCACAUGCAUUCUCUUCUUUGCGGUAUUCUCUCAUGGUAAAUCUGCACUGGGCCAGGCUCUUCUGGGCCUUUUCGUUACCGGCCUAGCCAUUUUCAUCACCGUUUAUUAUCACUAUCUCGGAGACCCCGUCUUCCAUCAAGUCAUGUUCGCAAUACUCACUGCCACCGUUGUCUUCCGAAGCAUGUAUAUCAUGGAGAAGAUACUCCGGCCCAAGUCUACCCCUCAGAGCAGGGCUGAGAUUCUCGACACGCAACUCCUCAAGAAAAUGUGGACAUUGAUCGCUUGCGGCCUCAUCUCCAUAGCCAUUGGAUUCCUGACUUGGAAUCUUGACAACAUUUUCUGUUCACAACUCCGACGAUGGCGAAGAGAGCUUGGGCUGCCUUGGGGCGUUCUUCUUGAGGGCCAUGGAUGGUGGCAUCUAUUCACUGGUAUCGCAUGCUACAUCAACGUAACCUAUGGCCUCUGGCUACGGUAUUGCAGAGAUGGCAAGAAGGAAGAGGUUGUCUUGGCAUGGCCCUCGAUAUUUGGCUCCGUUCCCACCGUAGAACGAGCUCAAGGUAGAGAAGUGGACCCUUCGAAGUCAAUUUCUAAAUCGGAGUGA